UUCUGGACUCCUGGGGCGUUCUCACGGAAUGGGGAGGUAGCAUAUGCUUGCCAAUCAGAGAAGGCCAGGACCAGCCCAUGGCGGACAGCAACCAAUCGUCAAGGCCAGCCAGAGCGCGCUCCCUCAGUAGGUGGAUGGUGGUCGGAGCGCCGGCUCCCGUCUCCUCGUCGCCAUUUUGUGUCGGUGACUGCAGCCGGCUGGAAGAAGGCGGCACUGAGUUUCCUUGGGAGGGCAGCGCGUCGGGCGCGUCUCCCCUCCCCCCUUCCCCUCUUUUGCCACUAGCCUUGGACUUAGUUGUUGCACGCAAUCGGCUCCCGUUGAACUAGCAGUUCUGGAGGAGGUGGCGGCUGGAGGAGGUGAUGCCUGGGAGCCCUCCCUUGACAGCCCGGACCGAGAAGAGUCUCUGCAGGAGGUAUCACCCAGGCUGGCAGAUCAUGGUGGCAGCAGUGGGGGUGGCUGGGAAGUGAAAAGGAGCCAGCAACUGAGGAGGGGCCCCAACAGCUCCCGAAGAUCCUAUCAGGACAUGGAGUAUGAAAGGCGAGGUGGUCGUGGUGACAGGACUGGCCGCUAUGGAGCCACUGAUCGCACACAGGAUGAUGGUGGAGAGAACCGCAGCCGGGACCAUGAUUAUAGAGACAUGGACUACCGCUCCUACCCCCGAGAGUAUGGCAGUCAGGAGGGCAAACAUGAGUAUGAUGACUCAUCUGAAGAGCAAAGUGCAGAGAUCCGUGGCCAGCUGCAGUCCCAUGGUGUCCAAGCACGGGAGGUUCGGCUGAUGCGGAACAAAUCCUCAGGUCAGAGCCGGGGCUUCGCCUUCGUCGAGUUUAGUCACUUGCAGGACGCUACACGAUGGAUGGAAGCCAAUCAGCAUUCCCUCAACAUCCUGGGCCAGAAAGUAUCCAUGCAUUACAGCGACCCCAAGCCCAAGAUCAAUGAGGACUGGCUGUGUAAUAAGUGUGGUGUCCAGAACUUCAAACGCCGUGAGAAGUGCUUCAAAUGUGGUGUGCCCAAAUCAGAGGCAGAGCAGAAGCUGCCCCUUGGCACCCGGUUGGAUCAGCAGGCACUGCCGCUGGGUGGGCGGGAGCUAAGCCAGGGCCUACUCCCACUGCCGCAGCCCUACCAGGCCCAGGGAGUACUGACUUCCCAAGCCCUGUCCCAGGGCUCCGAGCCAAGCUCCGAGAACGCCAAUGACACCAUUAUUUUGCGCAACCUGAACCCACACAGCACCAUGGACUCCAUCCUGGGUGCCCUAGCACCGUAUGCAGUGCUGUCAUCCUCCAAUGUGCGUGUUAUAAAGGACAAGCAGACGCAGCUGAACCGAGGCUUCGCCUUCAUCCAGCUCUCCACCAUCGUGGAGGCAGCCCAGCUUCUGCAGAUCCUGCAGGCCCUGCACCCUCCGCUCACCAUCGAUGGCAAAACCAUCAACGUGGAGUUUGCCAAGGGUUCUAAGAGGGAUAUGGCCUCCAAUGAAGGCAGUCGCAUCAAUGCUGCCUCUGUGGCCAGUACUGCCAUUGCUGCUGCCCAGUGGGCAAUCUCACAGGCUUCCCAAGGUGGAGAAAGUGCCUGGGCUGCCCCCGAGGAGCCACCAGUUGACUACAGCUACUAUCAACAGGAUGAGGGCUAUGGCAGCAGCCAGGGUACAGAUUCCCUCUAUGCCCAUGGCUACCUUAAGAACACCAAGGGCCAAGGCAUGACUGGGACCAAAGGGGACCCAGCUGGAGCAGGUCCUGAGGCCUCCCUUGAGACUGGGGCAGACUCUGUCUCACUGCAGGCUUUCUCCCGAGCCCAGCCUGGUGCUGCCCCUGGGCUCUAUCAGCAGUCAGCUGAGGGAAGCAGUGGCCAGGUCACAACUUCCAACAGCCAGUCAUAUACCAUCAUGUCACCUGCUGUGCUCAAGUCUGAGCUCCAGAGCCCUACUCAUCCAAGCUCUGCCUUACCACCAGCCACCAGUCCCACUGCCCCAGAAUCCUACAGCCAGUACCCUGUUCCUGAUGUCUCUACUUACCAAUAUGAUGAGACAUCUGGCUACUACUAUGACCCCCAGACUGGACUCUACUAUGACCCCAACUCUCAGUAUUACUACAAUGCUCAGAGCCAACAGUACCUAUACUGGGAUGGGGAGCGGCGAACCUACAUACCUGCCUUGGAGCAGUCUGCUGAUGGACAUAAGGAGACGGGGGCAUCAUCAAAGGAGGGAAAAGAGAAGAAAGAGAAGCAUAAGACGAAGACAGCGCAACAGAUUGCCAAGGACAUGGAGCGGUGGGCCCGCAGUCUCAACAAGCAAAAAGAAAACUUCAAAAACAGCUUCCAGCCUAUUAGUGCCCUACGAGAUGAUGAAAGGCGGGAAUCAGCCACUGCAGAUGCAGGCUAUGCCAUCCUUGAGAAGAAGGGAGCGCUAGCUGAAAGACAGCACACCAGCAUGGAUCUCCCAAAGUUGGCCAGUGAUGACCGCCCAAGCCCACCUCGAGGACUGGUGGCAGCCUACAGCGGGGAGAGUGACAGUGAGGAGGAGCAGGAGCGAGGAGGUCCUGAGCGGGAAGAAAAGCUCACAGAUUGGCAGAAACUAGCUUGUCUGCUCUGCCGCCGCCAGUUUCCCAGCAAGGAGGCACUCAUCCGGCACCAGCAGCUCUCUGGGCUCCACAAGCAAAACCUUGAGAUUCACCGGAGAGCCCACUUGUCAGAAAAUGAAUUGGAAGCACUAGAAAAGAAUGACAUGGAGCAAAUGAAGUACCGAGACCGUGCAGCUGAGCGCAGAGAGAAGUAUGGUAUCCCCGAGCCACCAGAACCCAAAAGGAGGAAAUAUGGUGGCAUAUCUACAGCCUCUGUAGACUUUGAACAGCCCACUCGGGAUGGAUUAGGCAGUGACAACAUUGGCAGUCGUAUGCUCCAGGCCAUGGGCUGGAAAGAAGGCAGCGGUCUAGGUCGCAAGAAACAGGGCAUUGUGACACCCAUUGAGGCCCAAACACGGGUUCGAGGUUCUGGCCUGGGUGCCCGGGGCAGUUCCUAUGGGGUCACCUCAACAGAAUCCUACAAGGAGACACUGCACAAGACAAUGGUGACCCGCUUCAAUGAGGCCCAGUGAACAACUUUGAAAGCAGUUUCUACAGACAUGGGGUGUCUGUAGAAAAGAUGAGAUGUGGAGUGGUCUUAGGGAGGUUCUUCUGCUCCCCAACCAGAGAAGCUCUCACCAAAUUAGACUUGGAGUGGGUGACUUUUUGCUGGGAAAUUGGGUUCAAAUCAUGUUCCUUUUGUAAUAAAAUCUAAAAAGCCUGCA